GGCGGCAGGAGGAGCAAUAGCGGAGGCGGCAGCGGCAUCACCUGGAAUUCGCCGCGCCUGUCCGUCAUAAUGGGAUGGAAGCGGCCAGGUGGCCCGAACCAGAGGAACAUAAAAGGGAACAAAAAAUCAGUGUGGUUAGAAUGACUGGCAACAUCAGUAAACAGCUUGCCUGGAGUGAACCACUUAUUUUUGGUGGAAAGCCUAAAACAGAUCCUGAAAAACCUAAUUCCCUUGUUGCCUUCAAGAAGAACUUGGAAGAAAGAGAAAGGAGGGAUCAUGGCACCCAGUGGGACCUGGACGUGCAGGUCCUCAUCUCCUCCACUAAAUGGCUGCAGCUUCAUGGGCUCAAGAGGAACAAGUUGACUUUUUCUCAGAUUUUGUCCCAAAUUGGAUUUCAGCACAAACAAGAUUAUGUGUCCAUCUUGGGGAAACUUGUGGCUUCUCGAUAUGCAAGUGGACUGUAUCGUCAGUACACCACAGCACCAGAUGGCAAGCUGUAUAAUCUGACAGCCAAAAAAGAACUCCUCUUUCAUUUUGUGGAUUGUCUGACUGGAGCUAUUGAACUAUAUAAGCAACGAAUGGAAUGGCUAACCACUGAAAGCCGCCAAAUAUUUGGAGUGAUUCAGGAACAGAAAAUCUCCAUUGUUCUGGAUUUUGGUGUUUCUUCUGGAGUUGAGUUGGAUCUGUGUCGAGAGGCACUUUCUAUGGUCUUCAAGCAGCAAGUGGCACAAAUUGCCAAAUUUAAUCUCAUUCUUGGGGCUCACGAUCUUGUGAAGUGGCAAGAGAAAGCUGUUCCUGUGACAGAGGACUCCAUAGAGGCUGCUAUUGAGUGGCUCUGGAUGAUAGACCACAUGCCAGCUGUUUGCCAUACAGGCCCCACAGAAGCUCUCUUGGAGGCAUUGUUUGAUGAUACGACAGAAGCUGUGUACUAUUUUGCUGUGGGUGAUAUGCCGGAAUGCAUGAAGCACUUGCUCAUGCAGAAGAUAUCGAGGAGCCCAUUUCCAGUCCAUACCAUAUCUUUUAAUGCUAGAGAAGAAGAAACGAUUGCUUUCCUGAAGGAGCUGAGUCAGCUGACCAGUGGCAGGUUCCAUGCAUUUGCUGAGAGAACUGAUUAUGUGGACACAAUGGGAACUUCAGUCAGCGAUGAGGAUCAGAAAAGUUUACCAACCCAGAAUUCACAAAAACUGAAAGGGAGCUUACCUUUAGGAACAGGUGUCAGAGAAGAUGUUUACCUGAUCUGGAAGGAGUUGGAGGAAGCCAGGAAUACAUUGAUACAAGUUCAGAGAAUUCUGAUAGAGUUUGAGCAGUCUGAAUCAGUUACAGCAACGAAAGCCGACUGUUCAGUGUGUGAGUCGAAAACAAAGGAUUAUGUGAAUUCCAAGGAGUGGCUUCAGAAGAAUGGCUUGAAAGCACAGAACCUGACCAUAUCCAAAGCGUUUGGCGAUUGCGCUUUUCGUCAUGCAGAUGGGAUCGUUGACAUAAAAACCAAGCCAGAGGAUGAAUCUUUUCAAACUGAUGCUGAGUCUAACAAGAAGGUCAUCCAUGCAAAAUACUGUGGCAAGUUUGUACAUACAUUCUUGGAAGAUGGCUCUAUAGUCCACAUACAUUUGAAUAAUGAAAGGUGCAGGCACUAUGAAGAUCGGAUGAAAAAUGCUCUUGACCAAAUGGAAGGAAGACUUCAGGAGUUGAAGCAAGGGAGCCGAGCACUCUUUGGGGAGAUAACAGAAGAUCACAUCUAUAUUCUCAUUGAUACAUCUCAGUCUAUGAAAGACAAACUGCCAGUGGUGAAGCAGAAAAUAUUUCAGCUCAUGCGGGAACAACUGCAAAACAAAACCAGAUUUAACUUCAUUAAAUUUGAUGCUGAGGCAGUCGCUUGGAAAGAGAAACUUGCUAAAGUUAACGAUCGCAAUUUGGAGGAUGCUUUACUUUGGGUAAAGGAACUAGAGGUUGGAAGUUCUACAAAUACUCUGAAAGCACUUCAGAUUGCCUUUGCUGAUAGUGAGACUCAAGCCAUUUAUCUUCUUACUGAUGGGAGACCUGAUCAGCCCCCCAAUAGAAUUUUAGCCCAACUCGACCUUAAGCGGAACAUUCCGGUUCAUACUAUUUCCUUUAACUGUGAUGAUACUGGAGCGAAUAAAUUUUUACAUGAGCUGGCUAGCGAGACAGGUGGACGGUUUCAUUACUAUCACAUUUGUCUGAGGGACCCUGAUGCACCAAAACCCUUUGAGUGUGAGGAUAUAUACCUAAUUAAAAAAGAGAUCAAAGUAGGAGAAAAAGAACUCAAGAAAAUACAGACCUUUCGCACUGACAAUGUAUUGACGGACAUUUUUAAUGGAGCAAAAGAGCUUCCCGAUAAACAUCGCAGGCAGCCUUUUACUGCAACCUCAAUAACCACACAAGUUGAGGGACAGAAUCCCCCAUCUCCAAAUAGGCCCUAUUGUGCCUCUGAAGAGCCGCCAUCAGCUUCACCCCAGCCUGGUAUGGAUGGAUGUCAGGCACGCUCUGAGAGUCCAACCAGAAAGAAGAAUGCUUUAUAUGCAGAACAAACGAAGAGUAGCAUGCUUAGAACUCAACGCUUCGUAGCAAAGCCUUCUGAACAAAGUCAAAAUGGAGGGGCAUCUCCUGAAAAAGAGAGGAAGACAUACAAAACUGAGAAAAAGAUGGAUAAAGACCCUUUAGAUAUCCCUUCAGCUCAAUGGUUAAAGAAUCAUGGUUUGGUUGCUAGGCGACUCACCAUAAUGGAUGCCUUAGCCCCGACAGCUGUUCCUCGCACAACUAAGUACAUUCCAAUUCUAGACAAACAUGUUGUUUCAAAAGUAUUCGAUGAUGUGUUCCCCUUUGCCCAUGUGAGCAACGAUAAGAAAUUUGUCACGCUGAUUAAUCCUCAGGCAGUGGAUCUUGAUGCCUACAAGAAGAAGCUGCAAGAGGCAAUAAAAAUAUAUGAAAGGCGCCUUGAUCAAAUGAUUUGGAGAGCAUUACCACAGGAGGAAAAAGAGAAGUUUGAAGAGGAGCGGCCACUGUCGUAUGUGGAACAUAAGGAAUCUUUGCUACUAGUCUUAGAAAGUGCGGGUUGGCCUGUCGGCUAUGAGGAUGUGAUGUUGUUAGAAGAUGAGAUUUUGACAGGAUUGACUUACCUACAUCAGGCCACUGAACUUCAAGCAGCUUCCAAAGAGGAACCCCGAAGAAUCUGCCCACUUCGGAUCUGUCCCACUAAAGAGGUUAAGACGACUCAUCAGAAAAGAAAAACGUUUGAUGCUCUCAAAGGCAAAAAGGUCAUUGCAAGAUCAGAAAGCACAGGAUUUUAUUACCCAGGGACAGUAAUAAGAAGCAUCACUCCUUUUUACGCACUUGUAGAUUUUAUUAAGGGGCACACUGAGAUUGUACCAUUGAAGUUCCUUAUGCCUGUGGGUGGUGCGAUGCCUUGUCCACCAUUGCAAGUUGGAGACUAUGCAUUAGUCAGAAUUAGGAAACAAUUGGGAGAAGAGCAUUAUGUACCUGGUAUUGUCGUAGCAACACCAAAUAAAGCUGGUUCAGAUGAUAAACUCUACACAGUUUUGAAAUACAACAACCGAAAGGACCAUUGUGUACGAAAUGGGCUUAUUAAAAUCAGUCAUAGAAGAUAUAUGUGUUCCUGCUGCUACAUAAACAUGUCCCGGAUGAUGGAUUAUCUCAUACCUAACACAAAUGUUGUGAAGCACUUCUACAGAGCACUCCCAUCUGAUGAGAGAGAAAGAAACACAAUCUCUGUAGGAGGGGAUUGGAAGAAGAAGAGUAGAAAAGGAAGAUCUAAGAGCAAGAAGAAGCAUUACAAAGAAUUGGCUUUAUCUGAUUCUGAUGAGAUGUUGUUUGUCCCCAGAAGGAUGAUGAAACGGAGAGAUAGUAGUUCAUCACCAUCUCCUUAUAUCAAAGAAGGAAGUGCAGGUAUAAUAAGUGAGCAGGAGAAAGAGUCCAGUGAAGCCAUAAAGUCAGAUAUAUCCAAGAUGGAGCAGUUGCAUUAGGUCUUUUGACUCAUCACCAGCUCCAUUUUUUCUGUAGCUUUGCUUAGCUGGUACAUAUUUAGGAUUCUGUUGUUUCUUUUGAUGAAUUUUUGGUUCCAUAC